AUGAAAACAUACGGUAUUCUCUUUGCUACAGCUUGCGCUUUUCUUGUUCAAGGUACUUUAGGUGCUUCAAUUCAUCCUGUUGCGGACAAUAAGUUUGGUGUGCCUUCGUACUCUAAACGAGAUCUUAGUACUCGUCAAGUAACAGCUCCACCUACACCACCCACACCACCUACUCCUCCAACUCCACCCGGAACACGCCUUCCAGGUGUUCCUCCUACUCCUCCUUCUCCACCCACUCCACCUACCCCUCCUGUAACUGGAUUUCCCGGUUUCCCUGGCUUCCCUGGUGUUCCUCCUACUCCACCUUCUCCACCCACUCCACCUACUCCACCUGUAACUGGAUUUCCCGGCUUCCCUGGCUUCCCUGGCUUCCCUGGCUUCCCUGGUAUACCUGCUACCCCACCUUCUCCACCUACUCCUCCCACUCCUCCCAUCAUCCGAUUGGAUUCUGUUUCUGGUCAACCUAUAUCUUCUGGUAUGCCAAUGAUGCCUGUUCAACCCAUGAUGCCUGGUAUGCCCAUGGUGUGGGUACCUCUGCCCUCUACUCCUAUGGUUCCAGCCGCUCCCUUGCCCGAAGUACCUUCUCAACCCUCUAAUCCUUUGAUUGUUGGCCCUGUCGGUCCGAUUGUCGCACCUCCUCCUACUCCUACUCCUGUAGAAGCAGUCUAAAAAAAACUCAUCCAUCUCCCUUCUCUUGUUUCUUUCAUUUGGUCAUCUUUUUUUUCUUACACACCAUAAGACCAUUCUCCCCAAUAAAGAAACAGUACUUUCUCUCUCUCAAUGCUAUAUAAACACAGUCUUUCUUUGAAACUAUUUAUGUCUUAUGGAAAAACC